UUGACAUCAUGUUUUUUCAUGCAGUGCAUAUAUGACAUUAUUAUACUUUUUUGUUUUUGUCAUCCAUGCCCGACUUCUAAACUAUUGAACUUUCCUUGCCAUGUUUCCUGAUCUCUUCUUGACUAGUUGAACUAAAGUUUACAAAAGAAUUUGGGCUCGAAAUACUUUGUUUUUUUCUUGUGAAUUAACGAACUUUUGAAGAUACUAACUAUUAGUAUAAUACUACAACUUGCAAGUCGACUGGGCAGCAAAGACGACGAUAAAAAAUUGAAUCUUGUCGUACUUUUGCACCGAAUUUCCUCACCUCACUUCAACCAACGACUAUGCAACACUCCCGGCGCGUGGCAGUGAUCGGAGCUGGUGCCGGAGGCCUCGUGUCGGCACGGGAACUUUCCCGCGAGGGUCACCAUGUGGUCGUAUUCGAACGGAAUACUCAAAUCGGAGGGACCUGGGUAUAUUCGCCGGAAAUUGAAUCCGACCCACUUGGAAUCGACCCGAAUCGGACCCGAAUUCAUAGCAGCCUUUACAAAUCUCUACGCACCAAUCUUCCCAGAGAACUCAUGGGAGUCCGUGAUUACCCGUUUGUUCCUCGAGAAGGGGAGGAUCGAGAUCCGAGGCGAUUUCCAUGUCAUCGAGAGGUUUUAAAGUAUUUGGAAGAUUUCGCUAAUGAAUUUGGGAUUCGUAAAUUGGUGAGAUUUAGAACUGAGGUGGUGUUUGCUGGUUUGGAGAAGCUUGGGAAAUGGAGAGUUGAAUUCAGAUGUGAAAAUGGGGAUUUUGAUUAUGACAUUUUUGAUGCUGUGGUUGUUUGUGUUGGAAACUUUUCGGAGCCUCAUGUAGCGGAGAUUCCUGGGAUUGACGGAUGGCCUGGGGAGCAAGUGCAUAGUCACAAUUAUCGUGAUGCCGAACCAUUUCGAGGUAAGGUUGUUGUCUUGAUAGGUUAUUCCUUUAGUGGUAUGGACAUUUCUGAGGAGCUCAAUGGGGUUGCCAAAGAAAUUCAUAUUGCUUGCAGAUCAGCUAAAACAGAGCUUUUGGGCACACAAUCAAUUAUUAGUAAUGCGUCAUUUCAUCCAAUGAUCAAAAGUGUCUGUGAAGAUGGGACAGUGGUCUUCCAAGACGGAUGCGUUAUUUCGGCUGAUGUUAUUCUACAUUGCACUGGGUACAAAUAUCAUUUCCCUUUUCUCGAAACCAACGGCAUUGUUACGGUGGACGACAACCGUGUCGGACCUCUAUACCAGCAUGUCUUCCCCCCAGCAUUGGCCCCAGGGCUUUCCUUUAUUGGGUUACCAUUUAAGGCUGUUCCUUUGCCCAUCUUUGAGCUUCAAAGCAAUUGGAUUGCUGGUGUUUUAUCAAAAAGGAUUGCACUUCCAUCAAAAGAGGAAAUGUUGGCAGAUGUUAAAGCUUUCUAUGAAGAUCUUGAAGUUCUUGGGAAGCCCAAGCAUCGGACCCAUGAAUUGGGUGAUGAUAUGCCUGUCUAUUGUAACUGGCUUGCAACAACUUGUGGUUGUCCGGCCUUCGAAGAAUGGAGGAAGCAAAUGUACAUUGCUAUUGGUAUUUAUAAAAUGGCCAAUCUCAAGACGUAUCGUGAUGAUUGGCAGGAUGAUAAGUUGUUUUGUCAAGCUUACGAGGAAUUUAGCAAGUAUACAUACAAAUGAAAGAACACUCAAUAAUGUUUCGUAAGAUUAUAUGUGUACAUUACAUAUUUAUCUAAUGUUGGAUCCUGAUUUGAAAAUAAUAUCAACUUAUAGUAACAUAUUGAAUUGCC